AUGGCCUUUCUAAUGAAAAGUAUGUUGAGCAACCAGGUAAAGAAUUUGGGACUUGGAGGUGGAGGGGAAGAAGGCAAAGAAGAAAGCACUCCUUCUGAUCCAGCAGCAGCUGCAGGAAUGACCAGAGAGGAGUAUGAGGAGUAUCAAAAGCAAGUGGUUGAGGAGAAGAUGGAAAGAGAUGCAGCGUUUGCACAGAAAAAAGCAGAGCGAGCCUGUCUGAGGGUUCAUCUGAGAGAAAAGUACAGACUCCCUAAGAGUGAAUUGGAUGAGAAUCAAAUACAUAUGGCUGGAGAUGACGUGGGUUUGCCAGAAGACCUUCAGAAGAUGGUGGCAGAAGAUCAGGUGGAGGAAGAGGACAAGGACUCUAUCCUGGGACAGCUGCAGAACAUCCAGAAUAUGGACAUGGAUGCGAUCAAAGAAAAGGCUCAAGCCACCUUCACCGAAAUGAAACAGGCUGCUGAGCAGAAAUGUUCUGUGAUGUAG